AUGGCAUCACCUAUAAAGAAACGGACAGCGCUUGCUGGCAAGAGCACGAAUGUUAGACAGACCCCUGGAAGUAUCUACAAGAACAACGGCACAUCUAGUCACACUUCACCGAGCAAAAGGAGCCAGGUCAAUGUGAGCUACGCGUUGACGAAUAGCCCUGUCAGAAGCUUGUCUUUUUCACCCAGGAAGAACCACAACAGUGCCAUAUUUACGUUCCACGAGGAAACACCAUCUGAAAGAGCAGCAACUUUGAUGAUGCACAUGUCGCUCAACAAGCGGGCGCUCUCCAAUCCCGAUGAGAACGACGCUAGCGCUGUCAAGGAGAAUAUGUCGCCCAGCAAGGCGUCACGUCUGGGCGAAUUGCCCCAGAGAUCGCCCAAGAGGAAACGUCUGCAAGACCUCAGCAUCACAGAAUACAUGGGAUUCGUGGAGCAGCCUCACUCGGGUCAGAUUGCACCCUUAACCUUGCAUUACAAACACAAAACAGUGCUGCCAAGUUUCGUGACCCCUCCGCGAGACCAAAGGCUGCGGGAGUUCUUCGCAACCAGCAGCUCGGAUGCACCAACCCCGGCCUCGCGUACCACUGACGAUAUCCCCAAGAAUAAAGUGGUGAGGAAACUGAACUUCAAGAUCUGCGAAAACUGA